GUUGGUUUCUGUCUAACAUUCAGUUCUUUAUGUUACAGCAAAAUGUGCCUCAAGGAAACUGUUGUUUUGAUUUGAAAAAACUAAAAUGGAUUAAAUUGUGUUUUAAGGAACGUGUCUGUCUUUGCUCUGGAAACAUUGCUCUAGAGCUUCUUUUGUGGUGCUUUACAGUGACAACAGUAAAAGCUUUAGGAAUGAGGAUGGAAAGUGGGAAGUAACAGGCCGUCUCCAUUUCAGGUAGAAAAACUGAAACAGGAAGUGGGCAAAAGAAACAGCUGGCAGAGAAAGGCGAGAGACAAAUUUGUGGACUUGAAGAGGAUGAAGGACUUGGAGCGACAGGUGAAGGAGCUGGAACAAAUACUCAGGAGCAGAAACCCAAACUCGCUGCCUGCUUUGAUUUAUGCUGCAGCCACAUCUGCCAGCCACGAGGACGCCGGCGAAACGUCCUCUUCCAGCCGGAUCACUGCUCUGCUGGAGCGAAGGAUCCAACGUCUGGAGGCCGAGCUGGAGAAUCACGACGAGGAAGCCAAACGCAGCCUCCAGGUUAUGGAGCAGCAGUUUCACCGAGUCAAGGUAUAGUUAACAUCAGUCCACAGGCUCGUCGAUGUAACGACCUGCCAGCACUUCCCACUCACACCACCAACCUGUUCACCACCUCCCAGCUUGGGUUCAGAGGUCAAACACUCAGCUUUAUAAGAUUGGGCUUCAAACUUUGUCAUUUAAGUUAUACACAACUUUCAGAGCUGUCUGC